CACCUCAGCAAACGUCUUGGUUGCAAAACAAGAAGAAGUGAAAAUCUGCCGCGUCAAAAGCGAAACGUGCGUACGGUGGUGGCGUACAGUUUGCGAUUGUAAAUCUAUCUCCAUACCAGAGCCGCGUUUUACGAGAUUUCUGAGGUGCGCAUCAGCUCGCUGGUGGUGUCUGAAAAGUGUUCAAAGUGAAACAGGGUACAAAGUGAUUUCCGAAAUUAUCUUCCUCCGGACAGAAGCUGCGCUGCUCUAACCAUGGCUCCAGUCGAAAAGCAGACCGACCAGGAAUUGACGAUUGAAGAUCCGACCGUCAUCGAAAAGUACAGAAUAGCCGGUGAUGUUGUGAACAGAACCCUCCAAGCAAUUGUCAAAGAAUGUGUUGCUGGUGCUUCAGUCAAAGAAAUUUGCCUGAAGGGUGACAACAUGCUGAUGCAUGAUACGGGAAAGAAAUAUAAGCAUGAUGAAGACAUGAAGAAAGGCAUUGCCUUCCCAACAUGCCUCUCGGUGAACAACUGCAUCUGUCACUUUUCACCAGCGCGUAACGAUCCGGACUACCUGCUGAAAGAGAAUGAUGUGGUCAAGAUCGACAUGGGCGCACACAUCGACGGUUUCAUCGCGGUUGCGGCCCACACGAUCGUAGUUGGUGCGACGCCCGAGAACAAGUGCAAGGGCCGUGCGGCCGACGUUGUCUUGGCGGCAUACCAUGCCAGCCAGGCCGCGCUCCGCCUGCUAAAGGCUGGUACUGGCAACUAUGCGGUCACGGAUGCGGUACAAAAAAUUGCGUCCGACUUCAAGUGCAAACCGAUUGAAGGUAUGCUGAGCCACCAGCUGAAACAGUUCAAAAUCGAUGGCGAGAAAACGAUCAUCCAGAAUCCGACAAUUGCGCAAAAGAAGGAGCACGAGAAGUGUGACUUUGAGAAGUAUGAAGUGUAUGCGAUGGAUGUACUGAUCAGCACGGGCGAAGGGCUUGGCAAGGAGCAUGAUACCCGGGUGGCGAUCUACAAGAAAACGGACGAAAACUACAUGCUUAAGCUGAAAGCAUCCCGUGCGUUCAUCGGUGAGGUGAAGAAGAAGUACGGUACAAUGCCAUUCAACUUGCGCAACUUCGAAGAGGAGGCAAAAGCUAAGCUAGGCGUCAACGAAUGCGUGACGCACAAGAUGGUUGAACCCUUCCAAGUAUUAUACGAGAAGCAUAAUGAAUACGUUGCUCAGUUCAAAUACACGGUGCUCAUCACGGCCAAUGGGAAGAAAGUCGUUACCGGCCAUCCUUUCGAUGAGAACUGCUACGAAAGCGAACACAGCGUGCAGGACGAAGAGAUGAAGAAUUUGCUAGCUGGCAAGGUGGCGCCGCAAAGUGGCGCGAAGGCGAAGAAGAAGCGAAACCGAGGAAAGAAGAACAAGGGAGCGGCCGCCGGUGCAGCUGACGAGGAGGAAGGUGAUAGUGGCGAAGAAGAUGCACCUGCUGCUACUGCCGAUAAGGCGGAAGCAAAAGCAUAACAGCAAAGUAUUGCGUUUACAGCCACUGCGCCGCCGCCACCUUCAGUGAGUCGAGCAGCCUUUCUUCCUCCCUCUACUUCUGUCACCUCAGUACACGGCUGCCGUCGGUCCAGCAACACCGUGUACUGAUGAUUAUUAACGUUUUAUUCGGACGCGCAAUAUUCCGUACCGCAAUACCCUUCGGCGCAUUGCUGCACACUGCCGUUACGAGAGAAAGUGCAAUGCGGCGUCCGCUUAAGGAAAUAGUUCUCCCGCUCACUCCCGCAAACACGUGUGAGAAGUGCACUGGUUCUAAAAAUAGAACGGUUCUAAGACAACAUCCGUGCAGAGCCAUCUAGCGGCUGGUCCAUCUAACUUACGUUGUCGCGUUUUUUUAAGAGGGAUAAAAUCGCAAACCAGCUUAAGGCGUAGAAUGCGUUUGUUUUUUUUUGUGAAAUUUAAUAUUAUGCUUUAUUUUUACUCUUUUUUGCCUUUCAAUCCAUUAAUUACCCUGUGGUACGUUACAAUUCCGGUCCGAUUGUAAUCCCAUGCAUGACAAGACUCUACUUUUGACUUCGAUAGCAAAAGUUAUUUUUCUUCGCAUCCGUACGUUAAUAUGUUUUAAAUUACAGUUUUUUUUACAGAUUCCUUAGGCUAGGGGAAAAACAAACCCCCUACCUUUUUCAUCAAAAUUUUGUUAUUUCUUUUAAAAAUAAAUCAGAUCCGUUGUCAUACGAGCA